GAGAAAGAAAGUAGAAACGACUUUCAGUGCCCACCAACGCCAUAACAAACCCUUUUCCGGCGACGUUCAACUCCAAAUUAACUUCCCCAAAAACGUCGAAACCUUCUUGUACCUUUCAAAUCCACAAAGAUUCCAUGAAAUUCAAACGAUUUCUAUCAAUUCCCAUUUUCUCAGUGUUCCUCUUAGUGGGUUUCGUCUAUUAUGUCACAGUAUUCAUUUUCAUAGAUGAUUGGUUGAGUUUACAGAGCUCAGCUGGUUCACUGAACGCUCUGAUCUUCACUGUGUUGGCUUUUCUCUCUGUUUUCUCUUUCUUGGUCUGUGUUCUCACCGACCCAGGUGGAGUCCCAUCUGGAUAUGUUCCUGAUAUUGAAGAUAGCGAGGUCUCAGAUCAAGAACACAACAAAAGUGGCAUACAUAUGAGAAGAUGUGACAAGUGUUCUUCAUACAAGCCUCCCAGGGCUCAUCAUUGCCGUGUAUGCAGAACGUGUGUUUUGAGGAUGGAUCAUCACUGUCUCUGGAUAAAUAAUUGUGUGGGUCAUAGAAACUAUAAGACCUUUUUCAUUCUUGUCCUAUAUGCAACUAUGGCAAGCAUAUACUCUUCGGUUAUAACUUUAAGCUGCGCCCUUCAGAAGGACUGGGAUUUCAGCAGGAGGGCUCCCCUCAAGGUCUUUUAUAUUACUUGCGGGGUAAUGAUUCUUGGUUUAAGCUUGACACUGGGGACUCUCUUUUCCUGGCAUAUUUACCUCAUUACAGUUAACAUGACAACCAUUGAGGUAAACUAUGAGUUUGUAUCAUUAAAUUUCACCAUGUUGAUGCAUAUUUCCUGUGGUUGUAAAUGAAUGAUUGGGAAUGGGCUUUUUUCACCAGUAUUAUGAAGGGAAACGGGCAGCAUGGUUGGCUAGAAAAUCUGGUCAGAGCUACCACCAUCCCUUCAAUGUCGGUGCUUACAAAAACAUUACUUUGAUAUUAGGUCCAAACAUGCUGAAAUGGGUGUGCCCUACGGCAGUGAGCCAUUUGAAAGAUGGAAUUGACUUCCCAGCUGCACGCGAUAGCUCGUAAAAUCAUCAGUCUUGGCAAUGAUAUCAGAAAAUGGUGGCAUCUCAUCUGGAUAAGCCCUGUAUAGCAAAUUCGCAAGUAUUUAUUCGUCCUUCUAUUUUCAUGGGAAAUUAUCAAGAAUCAUGGUAACGGACUGGCAGUAUCUGUCUGGAUAACAUUGGGCUUGUUCUCCGCUGCAACUAGGUAGAUGUUGCUUCACAAAGUCACACUGCAGUCUCUUACCACAACCACAUGAACUUCCCUGCAGCACCAUUCGAGGAUCUUGAUCUCUGAUACUCCCUCACAAUGCACAACUGUAGAUGAAAAUUGUACAUUCGAUCUCCAUUUGCUGAGGGUACUGAACGUGCUUAAGUUAUUGAUGUAACUGAAAUCAAUUUUUCUUCCCUGAUCUAUGAUGGGCCAUACAAAAUUUUCCUAUAAUCUUCCUAUUAGUGAUUGUGACAGCUUUUAUAUGAAACACACUACCAUAGGUAGCAUUUAGUAAGCUAAUGUUGUGCAACCAAUAUAUACUGUUACCUGUAUAUAAUUUAUUUCACUGAUAAGAAAUGAAGUAUGUCUUUG